AUGAUGAACAAGAGUGGAUUUGCAUGGAAUGAUAUCAAAAAGUGCAUUGAAGUUGAUAGUAAUGAAGUAUGGGAUACAUAUUUGCAGCACAACAAAAAGGCAAAGGGAUGGAGAAACAAGAAGUAUCCAUUAUUUGAUAGACUAGCUACCAUCUUUGGGAGUGACCGUGCGACUGGAACUGGAGCUGAGGUCCCUGCUGAUAUGAUGGAGGAGCAGAGCAACAAUGAAGAUGGCAUUGAAGUUGAGAAUGACACAAGCCCCAUGUCAAUGAGCACGGGACAAUCUCAGGUUAGUCAGAAAAAGAGGAAAAGAAAUGAUGAAGAUAAAAUUAUGCUUGCAUUGGAUAAAAUGUUUGAAGAAUCUGGAAAAAGAAUGCAAGCAGUGACUGAUGCUAUAGUGAAAGGUAAUGAAGAUCGAUCUGAUAUUGCUAAGGAACUUAAGAAAAUGGGACUUUCUGUUCUAGACCAAAUUGAGGCAUUGAAAAUCAUUUUGGAUAAGCCCCAAAAUAUCUCUGUGUUCAUGUCCUUAGAUGAUGAAGUGAGAAAAGUGUAUGUGGAUAACUUGCUUGCGGGCACUGCUAGAGGAUCUACCUAA